AGAUGGCAAAUCCACCAUUGAAUUCCUGCUGUUUCUGUACGUCAACUCGUAAUGGCUCCAUUAUAUCGGGCCUCUUGGCCAUAGUCUUGUCCAUCAUUACUAUUGUCGUCAUUUUCACAACGCGCGUUGCAUUUAAGACAAUAUUUUUCGAUUUGGAUACAGAUAUUGUGAAAAUCAUUUUGGUCAUUAAUUUAUGCAUGACCAUUCUGAUAUCGACACUGAUGAUUGUUGGUGUUAUGAAGCGAAACCACUAUCUUAUGAUGCCAUGGGUUGUAUUGGGUAUUAUGAUUGCAAUUGGCCUAUUGGUUUCGGUUAUUUACACCGCUGUCGUAUUCUUUAUUGAUGGCUUUGUUUUAUCUGGAGUAUUGUGGCUUGUCUUCGGUUUGAUUGCAUGUGCCAUCUUAACCUACUGCUGGUGUGUGGUCUAUAGUGAAUACACAAUUUUGGCCCAAGAAAACGAAAGAGGACGCUACAAUAAACAGCCCUAUAGACGUUAAUUUUCCGAUUGCGAACAAUAUUUUUUGUACACCAAUAGAGUUAAUUUAUUAACAAUUUUUUAUUAAUAUUUAUUUAAUUU